AUGGCGUACUUGGGCAAGGAUGCCACGGAGGAGUGGAACAUGAUCCACAAGCCAGGUACCGUGGAGAAAAAUGCCCAGCACCUGAAGAUGAUGGGCAAGAUCGGUGCAGGCGGCGCCCCAGCGGGAGGAGCAGCCGCGGCACCUGUGAGCGACGGGAUGCCCCCGGACGAGGUUGCAAAGCACAACACCAAGACAGAUGCCUGGAUCAUCCUCCACGGAGAGGCUCUCGACGUGACCAAGUGGAUCCCUAUUCACCCCGGCGGCGAGCAGGCAAUCAUGGCAUACUUGGGCAAGGAUGCAACUGAAGAGUGGGUCAUGAUCCACAAGCCCGGAACGGUUGAGAAGAACAUGCAGCACUUGAAGAAAAUGGGCAAAGUCUCGGGAGCUGUGGCUGCGGCCGCGCCCGCUGCAGCUGCCGAUGAUUCACCACCGCCACCAGAUGGAGAUGGCGGCGUGCCAGGCUUCAUCGGCGCCGUUUGGUUCUUGCUGAAAAAUGUCAUGCUCAUGGUGAUGCGCACCGUCUUCUUCACGGGGAACCUGAAGUUCAGCUUGGACAACAACCGGAACGGCACCAUGCGCUCCGCAGUUUUCCUCAUUACCUUCACCAUCGUCCAUGCCUUGGGGAACUUUGUGGACAUGUUGGGGGGCCCUGCGGAGCUGAACGGUGAGGGCUACCUCUUUGACCGCAUCCACUGGACUGGAGCCUUCGGCUACGUCAAGGAUUUCCCUUUCUCUGUUGUGGAGGAAUACCUGGCUUUGGCAUUGCUGCUUCACGUGACAGUGGCCUUGAAGCGGUCUUACGACAUCACCAUUGGCUAUACCAUUGCGACUGGGCGAUGGAACAUGCUCUUGUCAGGCCUGGUGAUCCUGACUUUUCUGAUCAAGCACCUUCAAGACUUCCGCUUCUACCCAUACUACGACUAUGUGGAGCUGAAGGCCCCUCCAAUGCUGGUGAAUGUGAAGGGUGUGCUGUCUGGACACAUCUUCACGGACCCCGAUGGCGAGCUUGUCAAGGCACGAGACCUGUACAGCCGUGAGGUUGCCCUCUUCAAAGAUCUGAACACGGUCCUCGUGUACUCCAUUUGCUUGGCCCUGUUUGUGACGCACUUGUGUCUGGGCUGGAAGAAGCUGGUGCCAGCGGAUGCCAUGCAGAUCCCUCGGGAUCACCAGAACAUGGUGAUUUACAUGGGUUGGGCGGCAGCCUUGGCCAUCGCGGGCAUGUACGGCUCCGUCCCGUGGUAUGUGUACUUUGCCAAGCCAGAGGUGGUGGAACACAUCAAAGACUGA